CUUAACUAACUCCCACUCGCACGUGCAAGCACGUGACUUUCCGUUUCGGCUUUCUCAUUACACAACACUGCAUCACGAUCUGUGCAGUGCAGCGCCACAUUGUCGGUGACGACGAUUCCGUCACAAGCUAUUUAUAGCGGUUUUCGAAGCUUCUCGUUCGUGGCUUUCCCGAAGCUGGAUCCGAAGCUGAGGCAUGGAGUCGAUCCUGGGAAGAGCUCUUGAGUACACUCUCAAGUACUGGCUCAAAUCAUUCUCCAGAGACCAGUUCAAGUUGCAGGGUCGCACCGUUCAGCUCUCCAAUCUAGAUUUGAACGGGGAUGCACUGCAUUCCAGCGUUGGAUUUCCGCCCGCGCUCAAUGUCACCACCGCCAAAGUUGCCAAAUUGGAGAUCACGCUGCCGUCCAUGAGCAAUGUACAGAUAGAGCCAAUCAUUGUGCAAAUUGAUAGGCUCAAUUUGGUUCUUGAGGAGAAUUCUGAUUUUGAGCCAUCUGAAUCUCCAACCAGUAGCACCCCAUCAAGUGCCUCUGGAAAGGGUAGCGGCUAUGGUUUUGCUGAUAAGAUUGCAGAUGGAAUGACUAUACAGAUUCAUACUGUUAAUCUAUUACUUGAAACUGGUGGAAGUGCUCGUUGCCAAGGGGGAGCAACAUGGACACCACCUAUGGCAUCUAUCACGAUACACAACCUUUUACUGUAUACCACAAAUGAAAGCUGGGAGGUUGUAAAUCUUAAAGAGGCACGGGAAUUCUCCACUAAUAAGAAGUAUAUAUACGUCUUCAAGAAACUAGAAUGGGAAUCUUUGUCUAUUGAUCUUUUGCCUCACCCUGACAUGUUCACGGAUGCUACUUUAGGCCGUUCUCAAGAGGGAGCCAACCUGAGAGAUGAGGAUGGUGCAAAGCGAGUACUGUUUGGAGGCGAGCGUUUUAUAGAAGGAAUAUCAGGAGAAGCAUAUAUCACGGUUCAGAGAACUGAAUUGAACAGUCCACUUGGGCUUGAAGUUCAGUUACAUGUCACAGAAGCUGUUUGCCCUGCAUUAAGUGAACCUGGGUUGCGUGCGCUUCUCCGCUUUAUAACAGGAUUAUAUGUCUGUCUAAACAGGGGAAAUGUAGAUUUCAAGGCUCAGCAGCGAUCAACUGAAGCUGCUGGUCGUUCUCUUGUCUCAAUUGUUGUGGACCAUAUAUUUCUUUGCAUUAAAGAUUCUGAGUUCCAGCUUGAGCUUUUAAUGCAGUCCCUCUAUUUUUCACGGGCCAGUCUUUCUGAAGGAGAUAGUGACAGUAUCCUGACCAAAAUUACGAUUACAGGGCUGUUUUUAAGGGACACCUUUUCAUUUCCUCCAUGUACCUUAGUGCAGCCAUCGAUGCAAUCUGUCACAGGAGAUGCUUUUGAAGUGCCAGCAUUCGCUCGAAGCUUUUGCCCUCCAAUAUAUCCUCUAGGGGAACAGCCAUGGAAAUCAACUCUGGGAACUCCUCUAAUAUGCCUCCAUUCCGUUCAGAUUGCUCCUUCUCCAGUUCCACCAUCCUUUGCCUCUCAAACAGUUAUUGGUUGUCAACCUCUUAUGAUUCACCUCCAGGAAGAAUCCUGCCUGACAAUUUCAUCAUUCUUAGCUGAUGGUAUUGUUGUCAAUCCGGGUGACAUUUUACCAGAUUUCUCAGUAAAAUCUUUUAUUUUCACUCUCAAGGCGUUGGAUCUUACAGUUCCUCUGGGUAAGACCCAAAUGGAUAUUUCGGAAACCAAUAUGGACAAUUCAGUCAACACCUCCUUUGCUGGAGGAAGGCUUCAUAUUGAAAAUGUUUUCUUUUUAGAUUCACCCUCAAUGAAACGGAGUAUAUUGAACCUCGAGAAGGAUCCUGCUUGCUUUUGUCUUUGGGAGGAUCAACCAAUUGAUGCUAGUCAAAAGAAGUGGACUGCCGGGGCAUCCCAGCUUACUUUAUCUCUGGAAGCAAGUACUGGCAAGCUUGGACAUCAGAAUUCUCUUGGAUGGACUUCUGGAUUGUGGAGAUGUGUUGACCUGAAAGAUGCUCGCAUAGAAGUAGCUAUGGUAACUGCUGAUGGAAGUCCAUUGUUAAAGGUUCCUCCUCCAGGGGGUAUUGUAAGGGUUGGCAUUGCUUGUAAACAGUAUCUAUCCAACACUUCAGUUGAACAGUUAUUUUUUGUCCUUGAUCUCUAUGCUUAUUUUGGGAGAGUUAGUGAGAAAAUAGCGGUAGCUGGAAAAAAGAAACAAUUGAAGGAUGUCAAGAACAAAUCUUUUAGUGGAAAGCUGACGGACAAGAUUCCCAGUGACGCUGCUGUAAGUUUGGCAGUAAACAAUCUCCAACUUCAUUUUCGUGAGUCAUCUUCUAUGAUUGCCGAGGGAAUACCCCUAUUACAAUUUGUCGGAGAUGAUUUGUCUGUUAGUGCCACUCAUAGAACCCUCGGUGGUGCUGUUGUUGUUUCAUCCACUUUAAAUUGGGAGAGUGUUGAGAUAAAUUGUAUGGAUUCUCAGGAUAACUUGACAUGCGAAAAGGACUUGCAUAUUAGUACAGGAGAAGUUCCUUCAAUAAGUGAUCAUGGAUACCCUCAACUGAGACCUGUUUUCUGGGUGCAUAACAGCAAAAAACAACUACUUAAUGGAAAUGCUCAUUCAUCCCCGUUUCUGGACAUAAAUAUGGUGCAUGUCAUACCAUUUUGUAUGGUAGACAUGGAGUCACAUACUUUGAAUGUCUCAGCUUCUGUAUCUGGUGUUCGUCUUGGUGGGGGAAUGAACUACUCUGAGGCCCUUCUGCAUCGAUUUGGAAUACUUGGACCUGAUGGUGGUCCAGGGAAGGGUCUAUCUAAAGGGUUGGAGAACUUACAGACUGGGCCAGUGGCAAAACUUUUUAAGACAACACCUCUGACUAUUGAUAAUCCAGAAAAUGUUGAAAGUACGAGAGAAGGGAAUGAUACUGGUUUCGCACACUUGAAGAAGCCAGAUAUUGUGGAUAUAACUAUAGAAUUGAGAGACUGGUUAUUUGCUCUCGAAGGUGCUCGAGAUAUGGCUGAAAGAUGGUGGUUCUCAAGCCUUGAAAAUGUAAAAAGAGAAGAGAGGUGUUGGCACACAACUUUCAAUUCCUUGCGAGUAAAUGCAAAAUGUUGCCCAGAGACUGUUCCAGACGGAAAAACACAAUCACGUAGAAUACAGCCAUAUCUUGUGGAACUGAUUACGGUUGGAGUUCAAGGGCUGCAGAUCAUGAAGCCCCAAACCCAAAAUAACAUUCCUUCCUCGAUGAUAGCUGCAAAUGGAGUUAAAGAAUUCAAUGACGAAGUUGGGGGUAUUGAUCUUGAAAUAGGAUUUAUAUUAUGCGAGGAUAAUGAAGGUGAUGAAACGGUUAAUUGGAAAGUGGAAAACCUAAAAUUUUCUACAAGGCAACCGAUUGAGCUAGUUGUAACCAAGGAUGAGGUCCAACACCUCACUUUUCUGUGUAAAUCUGAAAUUGAUUCCAUGGGCCGGAUAACAGCUGGAAUUUUACGGCUAUUCAACCUAGAAGGUUCUGUUGGCCAGUCUGUAAUUGAUCAGCUUGCCAACCUAGGAAGUGAAGGAAUUGAGAAGAUUUUUUCUCCAGAGAAGCUCAGCUUAGAUGGUAGUGUUUGUAGCGAAGGACUCUCUCCACACAAAUCUAUGGAACCCACAUUUACUUUGCUUGAGGAAGCAGUUGCAGAUUCACAGGCUAAGAUUAAUGCUCUGGUCACUGAUAUUGGUACUUCCGAGUCUUCGUUUGAGCACCUUACUGUCGUCAAACAGCUCAGUCAAAAGAUUAAGUUGAUGCAGGAUUUAGUGGUGCAAUUGCAGAGCCAACUUUAAAGCCUCUGCGUCAUUUUUAUGUGUAGUUAGAAAUACUAACUUUCGAUUAGGUAGGUCAGAAUUCUUUUGUACAUACCAUACAAGUACAUAGGUUGAGUUUUGUAAAAAAUAAGCCCAAAUGAGGCUUCCACCAUUUAUGUAUUAGUAAAUUUUGUACCGUUAACGCAUCAUGGAAUGAGAGAAAGGA